GCUUACGCCCAGUUGGUGCAACCCACAGGGCCUUUGUGUAUCACCAUGGCAACCACGAAGCGUUAGGUGGCCAUGUCACCAUGGCAACGGCGAGAGCGUUUGAAGACGAGGGGGUUAACGCCACUGGAUACAAACGAGGACUAUAUUGUCGGGAAGUCAUGAGUUAGAUAGUUCUACAGCUAAAAUACACAUGAACUAAGUGCAGUUAUGUUGUUACAGAGGGCUUCAAUGCUCCUUUAAACGUUCACACUGUCUUCAACUGUAAACCAUUCACAACUAGCACCUCUACACACUCUGAUCCUCAAUGAGGAGGGGGUGAGCUGCCGUGACCCUGAGGCGAUGGCAGUGACCCACCUUAGUUUCCCUGCCCUUAGACAGGGGUCUCCGGUGCCCCUCGGCCAGUUGGUGGAGGAGAGCCGGACCCCCAGAGCCUCCACCGCCCCCCAUCACCUCCUCACUUCAGAGAUAUACAGUCGAAUGAAGAGCAACAGCCAGAUACAAGCAGAACCGGCUGCCCUCCAUUUUAAUGGCUUCAGUCUGGGAAAAGGCUACCAAAAGGUCCUGAAAUUAAUCAAUAUCUCAUCCGAGGUGAUUAAUAUCCACAUCAUUACCACGCAAACCAAGUACUUCCGAACGACCUAUACCAAAAAGUACCGGCUCAUUCCCGGCCUGGCCUACACUGUCAAGGUCCACUUCUGUCCUGACCAAUGGCGCUACUUCUACGACUGCCUUCGCAUCCACUGCAAGGGCGAGGAGGCCCUUUUAAUUCCAGUUCAUGCCUACCCUGUCAUUGAUGACCUAUGCAUCCCCCCGCACAUCCACCUGCCCAGCAUACCUCUGGGACACAGUGUGAGCCACAGCCUCCCCCUCCGCUGCAGCUGUCCCGCUGACCUAGAGGUUGAGUUCCAGGUGCAUGUGAUCCAGCCCCACCAAGCCUUCCAGGUGCAGCCCCUCGCAGGAUCGAUACCGGCUAGCGGGGAGGUGGUGAUCACCGUGACCUUCCGUCCACUCGAAUACGGAACCUCUCAGGUGACCAUUCAGCUGGUCAUCUCCCAGUUCAACAGCAAACCCUUCCUGUGUACGCUAAUCGGGAGCUCCGCCCCUCACCUGCCCACCAGCUCCCAUGAAGGCGAGAUGGCUUGCGAGGCAAUGUUGGCGGCUGAUUACAGGACCCGGGUUAUGGCUCCUGUAAUCAGGAACCAUGCUGUGCUUCAGGUUCCCCCCGUGCUUCAAAUCAAAUGCACCGCCUCCAAGAAAGCAGACAAAUUGAAGGCCGCUGUCCAGCCCCCCUCCCCUACGAACGUCUGCACCCCGGCAGGAGUGGCGAAGAUGCUGAUCAAAGACGGCGACAGAGUCCAAUCCAGAGACCUGCGGGAAGUCAUGUCCUGUGACAGCAUCGUGGGUCUGAGGAGCAGACAGCUGAAGGAGGCCCUAUUCAUGAAGAAGGUCCGUGGCGACGUGACAGAAGAGAGGGCCAACCGCCUGAGAUGGCAACAGCAUCUGGGCAAAACCCCUGUAUCUGAGAAGAGCAGGGGGCAGAUACUAGAGGAGAGAGAGAUCACUGUUCAUCAAUAUACGAUACAGUGGGACUCUGGGCACCAGGAAGAGAAUGUGUUUGUGUGGGGGCGGCCCAGAUUGUCCACCAAGAGGGUCUUGCGAGACGUCCGCCAGGCUGUGGUGGGGGCCCCGUGCUUCACAUUCUACUGCGGCCCCGAGCUGCUGGUCAGCCUCCGGGCUCUGAGACUCUUCCAGCAGGCCGCACGCAAGGUUGUGAUCCGAUGCCGCAUGAACCACCGGCUGGCUUGUCUCAGGAAAACGAAGAAGCCAUCACGCAAAAACCAAGAACACGUAAAGGGAAAUAAGAAAGCGGAAGGUCUGAUCUUGCCAGACAAAAUAUUUCCGUUGUCCUUUCCUGUUUGUGUCAACAUGGCCGGCCAUCUGUCCCUCAGCGAUUUGACCACAGUGGCAGUGGCACUGGUUGACACCUCCAUGGCAACGCAUGUUCCUCUCUUCCAGCUUCAAGUUCCCCAUCACUUUAAGGUGAUGGGCUACAGCCCCCCACUGUCCUGGGAGGCUUUCAACAGCUACGUCCCUGCGACUCUGACCAGGCCACUUCGUUCCGGAGCACUGGAUAAGCUGUUACCAGAGUUGCUGAAAGCCCAGCAGGCUACUGGCUCAGUGAGGAGGGAGGGUCCAGGAGAGGCGGAGGACCAAGAAGAGGAGCUCAGGGGGGGGGGGGGACCGGGUUGCAGAGGCAAUCCUUCAGCCAGGCCCUGCUCAACCCACACGGAUAUUUGGCACUACGACUUGAGCUGGUUCAGCACUAACCCUGCGCCAGAUCGGCAGAUCUACAAACCCAUCCCUCAAUAUCUGGAGACCAGCGCAGAGCUCCACCUCUGUCCUCUGCCCAGGUUUACUGACAACAGGAGCAAGAAAAACUAUCUAGACCUAAAGGAAGUGAUUAAAGGGGUCAUGACCUGGAAGACCUCUGAUUGGACCACCUUGAGACGCCUCUCCGAGCUGCCCACUUGCUCCACCAUGGCCGAGCGGAUGGCAGGAAGGUCUUUGGACCUGAAAACAGACAUGUUCCCAGAGAGAGUCCCCCCACCCCUCAUUGGCCCCUCCGAUGACAUUGACCCCACCCUGGUUGACAGACUUACAGAGGAGCCAGGCGUGUGUCUGACGCAGGAGAUGAUCCGAGCAGAGUUCUUGGGGGAUGAAGAGGUCGGCGACCAGACCUGACCCAUUGACUAGACCAGAGACGCUAACCAUAACUAAACACUCACUCGCAUAGACAUACACAAACACAUACAUUAUAGCAGACAUACACACAAACAUACAAAGUGGCACAUAGUCACACUCCUAGAGCGACACAGACACAUGCAAACACAUAAAGCAUAGAGAUUUCCAGUCAAACCAAUAGAUUUGACUGCCAGGCAUGCAGAAAACAUGUACAUUAGCACGGUUCCCUACAGAGGCUGACUGUGCCGCUACACGAUACCCUCCCAUACCCUCCCACCUCUCCCCUACCACCUCUGGUUCAGUCUCCAGCAGCACCUCACAUCGUGCUGCGGGGACGGAGGUUCCACUUAGCUGCAAGGCUUUGCUUGUUCGCAAUCAAUAGCCUCACGCUUGCUCUAAAUCUUGGUGGUAAAUGGUGGCUUGGUUUCCCCGACCAGCUCCUAGAGCUUAAACCACAAUUGGCCGCUAUAGGGGGUGAACGACCACAUAAUUUGAAUCCCUCUUCAGUUGACACAACAAUGUUUCAUAUUCUACAAGCAAACCAGAGAUAUAUUACAUACAUCUCAGAGAGCAGGCCAACUUUCCUUUUCAUUUACUGUUGUGUUUUUCUGGAUAAAAGACGUGUUAGGAAAGAGACGGGAGUCCUCCUUGAUCUACAACGACAGCGGAUGAUAAUCUAUUUUCCUGCCUGCGUGAUUCGUCGUCAUUGCCGUGGCGACAGAAAAAGAAAAGAAGCCCAGAAUUCAUCCUCCUGAUCAGUGAUGUUGUUGGUGGCGAUGUUGCCAUUGGUUUCCAAUUGACAAGCAGAGGGGCCCAAUGUGGCCCCUUCAUCUGGAGCUCCCAGAAUGCACCUGCCGUCACCUCGCCACUCAACAUUUUCAUUGUCUUUUGGAUAAAUACUCAUUUAAAAGGGUGGACAAUUACUUUCCUUUAAAUAAUUUUUUGUGAUUUGAACAUGUAAAAGAAGCAAUCUGGUAUAUUUUGGUGAAGAGAAUUUGUGUGGAAAGUAUGUCUGAUUUUUGCUUUUUGUUUUUAUUUAUUCAUCCACUUUUAUUUUAACUUUGUAUUUAUUGCUUACAUUACCGAAGUCAGCCUCCGUAGGGAACCGUGCUAAUGUACAGGUUUUCUGCAAUCACUUUCCAUUAUAUUAUAAAUAAUCCAAACCAAAACAGUGCCUUGUACAAAAACCUUUUAUUUAAAAAAAAUAUAUAUAACAUCUUAA